AUGUCCAGCAAGUUCGGUCCUGUGAUUGUAAAACACAAGUGGAAGGAGAGAUGAGACAGCUAGCGCUUUGUGUGUUUCCCUUUGUUAUGAUGAUAAUAUGGAUUGAAUUUACAGAGGCUGCUACACAACAGAAUUCAACAGUGGUACGGGUAAAAGCGGGCAACUGCCCACGGCGCUUGAACGUGGUGCCGUCCGGCCGUGGAUGCGUCUGUGAUGACGAUUGCCCAGGAGAUGAUAAAUGCUGCAUCUUUGACUGCGGAGCUGUCUGCGUGCCGCUCACAAAACCAGGCGUGUGCCCGCGCCGGAGCCAUGGAGUGGGGUUGUGCGCUGAGUUCUGCGCAAACGACAGCGACUGCCCCAAUGACGAGAAAUGCUGCCACAACGGAUGUGGCCAUGAGUGUAUCCCACCUUACACAGUGAAACCUGGUCGCUGUGGUCUGCCAAAGGGGACCCCGAUGUGUGCGGAGUACUGUUACCAUGAUGGCCAGUGUCCAGCGGAGCAGAAGUGUUGUCAAACAACCUGUGGCCACUCCUGCAGUGAGCCAUGCUGAUCGAAUAAUGCUGGUACCACAGGGGCUCAGACCUCAACAUUUUAUACUUGAGUUUUGUUCAUUGUUUUGUUUUACAUGCAGACAAACAUAAAACAAAAAUAACCUUC